CGUAGCAGCAGUGGGCGGGGUAAAGGAUCCUUCUGAGACAGCGACGAGUGGUCGGAACCUUCUUUCCCCUCCUUCUCCUUCCCCUUCCCCUUCCCCUCCCGGGAAAGGCUGGGACCCGGCACCGGGGCUAUCCUGUGGCUGCUGCGGCCUCAACUCCUGGCAGGCCCGGGUACGGAGAGCCCAGACUGCGUCCAGGGUGAGUGCUCCUGAUUGUGACAUCUGAUUGUGACAUUACAUCCAUCCGUUGGUGAUGGAGUUUGUCACUAGGAAGGAAGACUCAAUUGGAGAAUAGCCAACAAGAUGGGUUACUUGGAGCAUCUCCUGAGUGGUACUGAGUGGAGGCAUCAGGGGGUUGGAGCCUUGUGAACAGGGAACCUGCCCCCCAACACUUGAAAGGAUCUGGGUUUCAGUGAUGAGACAUGGGGUAUGAUGUAACCCGUUUCCAGGGGGAUGUUGACGAAGAUCUUAUCUGCCCUAUUUGCAGUGGGGUCUUGGAGGAGCCAGUACAGGCACCUCACUGUGAGCAUGCUUUCUGCAACGCCUGCAUCACCCAGUGGUUCUCUCAGCAGCAGACGUGUCCAGUGGACCGUAGCGUUGUGACAGUUGCCCACCUGCGCCCAGUACCUCGGAUCAUGCGGAACAUGUUGUCAAAGCUGCAGAUUGCCUGUGACAACGCUGUGUUUGGCUGUAGUGCUGUUGUCCGUCUUGACAACCUCAUGUCUCACCUCAGUGACUGUGAGCACAACCCAAAGCGGCCUGUGACCUGUGAACAGGGCUGCGGCCUGGAGAUGCCCAAAGAUGAGCUGCCAAACCACAACUGCAUUAAGCACCUGCGUUCCGUGGUACAACAGCAGCAGACACGUAUUGCAGAGCUGGAGAAGACGUCAGCUGAACAUAAACACCAGUUGGCGGAACAGAAGCGAGACAUCCAGCUGUUAAAGGCAUACAUGCGUGCAAUCCGCAGUGUCAACCCCAACCUUCAGAACCUGGAGGAGACGAUUGAAUACAACGAGAUCCUAGAGUGGGUGAACUCCCUGCAGCCGGCCAGAGUGACCCGCUGGGGAGGGAUGAUCUCAACCCCAGAUGCUGUGCUCCAGGCUGUAAUCAAGCGCUCCCUGGUGGAGAGUGGCUGCCCUGCCUCUAUUGUCAACGAGCUGAUUGAAAAUGCCCACGAACGCAGCUGGCCCCAGGGUCUGGCCACAUUAGAGACAAGACAGAUGAACCGGCGCUACUAUGAGAACUACGUGGCCAAGCGCAUCCCUGGCAAGCAGGCUGUUGUUGUGAUGGCCUGUGAAAAUCAGCAUAUGGGUGAUGACAUGGUGCAGGAGCCAGGGCUUGUCAUGAUAUUUGCUCAUGGCGUGGAGGAGAUAUAGGAGAGUUCGACCAGCUAUGAGGAAGAGAUGGAAAUCGGGAAAGCCCCAUCACUCCAGCAGCUGGGCCUUGAGUCGUCCUCCCCACUCUCCUUAAUGCCUCGGCUUACACUUGAGCCACACAUCUCCCUGCUGUUCUGGCACUGAAGGGUCCUGGAGCACUUUGCUUAGCCUUUCAGGGGAGAAACCCAGAUUCCUGCCUUUUGCCAUAUUUCUUCCCCUAAAAUGUCUGUUAAUUCUCAGCAUGGGUGGGAAAGUCCCCACCUAUGUAUUUUCCUGCCUAGGGUCCCUGGUUCCAGGUAUUUUCAGAAAGCACAAAGAGAUUUAUUUUCCCUAGAGGAUCAGGCUGGAAUGAGGAAUUGCUAAUCAUCCCUGUACUCUAAAACCAGGGAAUCAGAGCAGGCUGGCCUGUUGAUUCUAAGCAGCAUUUAUAUGGCAGCUCUGAGGAACAGACAUCUAGAAGAAAAGGUAAGGGUGGAUCCAAAACCCUAGAAGUAAAUAAGCCAGUAAUUGGCCAUGACUGAUAGCCCUUAGGGGAAGACUGGACCUCUGUGCGAAGCACAUCCCUGUUCAGCCCACCUUAAAGGUGCAGGCUCCUAGGUUGGAAUGCUGGAAAUUUCCAGAUGAGCUCUGUUUUCCACUUUUUCAUAAUUAGGGAAUGACAGGGUUUGGGGUAGGGGUUUGACUGUUGAGGUUCAUAUGCUCAGCAAGAAGCUGCUCUCUGGCUUUUGCUGAAGUCAGGUAGAUACUGCCUCUUGUGUCAUGCCCAUAAUAGUUCCAUACACCCCUCUCUAGACCUGUGAUUGUAGUUAGUUAUUUUGAUAAAUUUCCUUUGGCUGUUGUUUAUAUUUCACAAAUCACAUCUGUCCCCCCCCCCCUUUUUUUUUAAAAGAAUGGCCUGGUUAUGACUACCCCACUUGCUAGUCCAGCCACAUUGUUGGCAAUUUAAUUUAUUUACUUUUUUUUUUUUUUUUAAAGAAAGGAAAAAAAAAUAUCAACAAAACUUAAAACUUUUCUUUUGCUGUUCGUAUUGUGGGGGUUCUGGAUAGGGUGGGUCAGGGAGGGGUCUGUUUUAUAUUUUUCCUUUUCAACACAACCUUUGGCUUUAACAUAGGAGGAGCCAAGGGAGUCCUUGACUGAAUUUAUACCUGCUCUGACACUCCAUAACCUAUCUGAGAUGAGGAGUUAUUCCUCUACUCCCAUGAUGGAUGUGACACACAACAUCAAUGCCUGUGCCCCUGAAGAAAUUUGGUUUCAGCCCUUUAGGGUCUUAUUGUAAAACUCUGGAUUUAGAGCAUUAAUUUUGAAGGCAUCCAUCUGCUGGGUGCAAUGAAGCACAUCUGUAGUCUUAGCUACUUAAAAAACUAAGGAAGGAGGAUAUCAAGUUCAUGGCCAGCCUCUACAACUUAGCAAGACCUUGUCUCAAAAUUAAAAUAAAUAAAUAAAUAAAUAAGGGUUGGGGAUUUGGCUCAGUGAUAGAAUACCUUGGGUUCAGUCUCUAGUACCAAGAAAAAAAUGGGGGGUGUGUGUGUGCAUCUCCUCAAGUUUCCCUGGAGCUGUAUAGCUGGGUUCUAAGCCUCACCAGGCAAGGGAUAAGAAUUAUCUCUUGUGUCUCCAAGAACAGGCUGUGCUUUGCCUCACCCAUGUCCACCUAAGGAUUUCAACUUCAUUUUAUGCUACCUGAGGCAUUCCUUGAUCCCUAUGAUUAGUGACUGACAGAAUAAGUGAAGGGGAAGGUAGUAGGUAUGAUUAUUUUAAUAUGAAAUAUGUGGGAGUGGGGUUUGAGAAAAAUCAAAGGGCUCCUCUCCACCAUAUAACAGCUUCUCUUUUUGGAAUUUUAUUCCAGGCCAACUUGCUAUUAGUCUGGGUUAGUCAAGUCACAGCAUCACUUCAAUUGGGGUGGAGGGAUACAGCUUGAGGGGAGUAUGGAACCAGCCAUAUUCUGGCUUUAGGACAUGGUGCUCAGGAAUUUGCAGACACUGCUAUAAUUAUUAGUCUGGUUACAUUUCCUCCACUUCCCUUUGCCCCUUCCUACCUUACCAAGGUUCAUAGUCUCCUGUCCUUAACCCUCAGGUGGAGCUGGAAAGCUCAGUUGAGACUUCCCUACCUACCCUUUGCACUAGUGUCUCUGCAGGUUGCUGGUUGUGUUGUACAUGCUCUUCCAUUGUGUUGACUGCACUAAUAAUAAACCUUUCACUCAAUCCUCUAAA